AUGGUUAUAAUUAGUGCAGAACUAUGCCCUUCUGAAGCCUCUAGCAUAUCAGCAACCUUGGAAGGAGUUACACCCAACAAGGUUAAUGAAGCUGCCAAAGCAUCUGAAUCAAGUCUUGGUAUUUUGCUUGACUUGAAACUUUUCAGUGAUGAUUCGCUAUGCAAACCAAAGAUAGAACUCAAUCUUUUCAACCCUAUGAGCCCUACUUCGUCUCACUCAAAGGACUCUGGUGAUCACCAGACCCCGCGCGAAAAGCGAUCUGAUGAUUCAAAUAGGGUUUUCUCUUGCAAUUACUGCAAGAGAGAGUUCUCUACUUCUCAAGCCUUGGGGGGCCAUCAAAAUGCUCACAAACAAGAACGUGCAUUAGCCAAAAGGCGUCAAGGGAUGGAUGUGAAUGGUUUUAGCUUUCCACCUUAUCCCUAUAACCCUUAUUCAACCAUAUCUCCACACCCUUUUUAUGGAUCUUUGAAUAGAUCACCCCUUGGGGUUAGACUAGACUCCAUGAUCCAUAAGCCUUCAUAUCCUUGGACAUCGAUCGGCGGAUUUCAUCAUCUUGGUCAUGGUUGGUCUAGGCAAGCCAUACUGACCCCUCCUCGGCCAACUAUUAAUGAAAGGUUAAGCAUGAACAAUGGUGGAUUUGGUAUUUCAGGGCCUUCAAGUUCUUCAAGAUCUCAGGAAACUGGUGCACCUUGCAGCUUUAGUGAUAUUUCUCAGGCAAACGUUGCAACAAACAAGGCUGCUAGAAGCGAUUAUCUUCAACCAAGCAAUCCUUCAGGAAGUGAUAACAAUGAUGCUUCAAAGAUUGAUUUAUCCCUUAAGCUUUAA